UUGCGUCAAGACUGGACUGUUCUUCUGCACUGAACCUUUUGGAGUUGAUUGAUCCCGAAGUCAUGCAGUAUCUAUCGCAGUCUCGUAGAAUCGCUAGGGUUUUGAAACCUCUGGCUUUUGUCGAGGCUGAUGCGAGAUUUGUAUCCACUGCUUCUCACGCUGUUCAAUGGCCGAGCCAUCGAUCUCUUUCCUACUCUGCAUUUCCAGGGAUGGAUAAUUGCAAUCAGUUGUACGCUCAAUCACGACUUAUGACGGCGUCGAUGAUUUCGAGAGCAAACUUUUCCUCUGAAGCAAAACGUGUAGAAAAUCCUACAGAGUCUGUCAAGGAAUUACAUGCUAAAAUAUUUGAUUCUGUUAAUGUCAAGAGAUCGAUGCCUCCAAAUGCCUGGUUGUGGUCAUUAAUUGACAAGUGUCGUAAGGAGGAUGACAUUAGUUUUCUUUUUGACGUUCUGCAGAAUCUACGGAGAUUUAGAUUGUCCAACCUUCGUAUCCAUGACAACUUUAACUGCAAUCUAUGCCGGCAAGUUGCUAAGACUUGUGUAAGUGUGGGGGCAAUUAACCAUGGUAAAAGAGCACUUUGGAAACAUAACGUUCAUGGUUUGACUCCUAGUGUUGCAUCUGCACACCAUUUACUGUCAUACGCAUUAGAGCACAAGGACGUGAAACUCAUGGACGAAGUAAUGAAACUCCUGAAAAUGAAUAACCUGCCUUUACAACCUGGGACAGCGGAUUUGGUUUUCAGGGGUCUGAAUGUUUGCAGGAUCUGUCAUGAUACAGAUAACUGGGAUCUAUUAGCUAAGUACUCAAAGAAGUUCUGCAAAGCUGGAGUCAAGCUCAGGAAGACCACAUUUGAUGUAUGGAUGGAAUUUGCUGCCAAAAGAGGAGACUCAAAGUCGUUAUGGAAUGUUGAUAAACUGAGAUCUGAGACUUACACUCAACACACCCUUUCCGGGGCUUUUUCAUGUGCCAAGGGUUUUCUGCUAGAACAUAAACCAGAAGAAGCUGCUGCUGUCAUCCAAAUUCUAUGUCAGGCAUAUCCUGAUGAGAAGAAGUUGGUACUUGAGGCUGAAUUCAAGAAGCUGGUAAAUGAGUGGCCGGUGGACAUUAUGAAGCACCAAAAUGAAGAAGAUAAGAAGGCUGUAGUUGCUUCUCUGAGAUCCAACAUCCCUGCAAUGGUCAACGCUUUAGUAAACUCAGGUUUGAGAGUGAACGUGGAUAUGGAUGACUGGAACAAAAAUGAAGCUCUUCUCAGCUGAUGAUUGGAUCCAUUUUACAGCAACGAGAAGACCAGAAUAAUAUCCAAAUUGAUAUAAGUACAAGUACUUUAUGUUGUAGUCAAUAUUACAAGACUACCGAGAAGUUUAUCUGGUCAUGGAAACAAAAGCAACAUUUGUUAAUAACAAGAGAAAAAACUUUAUAUAAAUGUCUUACUUUAAAA